CCGUAAAGACCACGGCUUCUCCAAGAAAUUCCUGAUCAACUGCUGCCUGGUGCGGCGCAUCAUCACCUGGGCCUCCCCAAACCCAAAAGGUACAAAAACCACAGAUAUAUGGCUACAGAUGGCAGCUAUGAUGAACCAAGGUGGUGGAAUGUGAUUUAAUUGCCUCUCAUUCGUUGGAUAAUUGGUUGUCAAAUUCUUAGUUUAGUCAGAGUUAGUCUAGAUUGUUGUUCCCAGGUCCCUGGGAUUAGUAAAAGAGAUUACCAGAUUAGAUAAAGUGGCUAAAUAUGUGGAUAGAUAGAUAGAUAUAUAUAGUUUUCUGCAAAAGGGGAAUAGCUGUGUUUUUGGGGUGUGUGUAGUCAAUUAUCAUUUUGCACGGAUAGCAGGGGUCGAAUAUCAGCCUUUUUCAGAGGAAAAUAAACAUUUUCUAAGGCUAAGCACUGACAUGUUAUUUAUGCAUUCUGUAGAAACCGGUGCCUGGUGAAUUUGUCAACUUCAAAGGGCAAAUUAGAAUCUAGGGUCGAUAAUGUAUUUAUCACAUAUUAAGUAUUAUUCAUUACAUAAAGUAUUACAAGUGCAAAAUAACAUUUACUCUUCUUUCCUAUACGUAGUCAAAAGAAAGUGGAGAACUGCAGAACUAGGUCCGAGAAAUAUUCGAAGUACAGUGUGCACUUAAAGAGGACUGCAAAAACCACUGAGUAAACUAAUUACAUGCAUUUGAGAUUGGAUUUAACAGUAACGCUAUACACUCAUUAACUGUCCCGAGUUCUGACUAGACAAGAUGCAGCAAAAUCCCCGGAGUCCAGAAUGAACUCUGUCCAAAAACCGCUCGGGCUAUCGUCACCAUAUGAAACACAUUAAUGUGGUAUUGGUCAGUCGGGCAGUUAAACAAAGGGAUAACACUCGGCUGUCAUUGGCCAAGGCCAUUGCAUCACAUUUAGAUCCGUCUGAACUUGAAUUAAGCCCCCUUUCUUAAUCGAGGACAUAAUUAAAAGUUUUCUCUUUGAAAGCAGAUUCAUGAAAACUCAAUUAGAUAUUGACAUUAAAAAGAAAUGUGUGCUCUAAUUAUUAAUCGUUAUUUAAGUUGGUGUUAUGCACAUAAACUGUAGGUUGAUAUAUUUAAAAUCAUGAAGAUUGGUAGGCUUUUCAAUAUGGCUUUUUUUCUGUCUUGUGUAGUGUGCACUUCAUUUUUCCAAAAUAUUUUUGUGCAAAACUUUUUCAGUUUUAUAGUGUUUAUUUGGCCUCAGUGAAAGUUAUGAGAUUGCAGUUUCUUUGCUUGUCUUCUAUUUUCGUUGUUGCCGUUGAGCUGAUUGUUUCAUAGCUCAGUGACAUGUCAAGUAUUACCAUAAACCUGGAGCUUUUAGGUGUUCCGCAUUGAUAUGGCUUGUUAGAUAAACGGGUAUUAUUUAGAAUGCUAUUAAACAGUCAUGAAUUGCACUGUAGGGACUAAAUGACAUCUGCAAUGAAGAUUUUUCUGCAGGGGAAAAACAACAAUAGAAGGACUCUAAAACAGCUGUUCUUCAUGAAUAUGAAUAGCAAUAUUAUGCAUAUUCAUCUUUCUUAGAAAAAUAUGAAACUUUUCUCAUUUUGUAUUGAUAAGAGCGGUGUCGGUGGGGCAGGUGCGGUUUCUUGAUCGCAUAAUCAGUGUAGUCUCCUCUUGUACUUAGCUUUGGUUAUUGUGUGUGUGUGUGUGUGUGUGUGUGUGUGUGUGUGUGUGUGUGUGUUGUGCGUCUGCACAGUUAUCAUGAAGGUAUCCCUAUGAUAACAUGCGAGCUGGCGGCCGUAUUUGGAGCCACACGGGGACCCAGGUGCUUCUGUCGGGCACUUUUGAUUUUGACAGAGCACUUGCUUCGACUUUCAUUCCGUUCACUGCUCCUUUUUCACUGGAAACGUGCUGCCUCUGUCCCAGGGCAGGGAGCUAAACAGGACCAGAGUGGUAUUAAGAAAGACAGUAACUUCUUACGAUAACAUUGAGUUUUCGACCCUUUUAGUUGGGUAUGAAAUUGAAAUUUCACCUGCCAAACUGCCGAGCACUGCUGUCAGUUGUGGAUUUCAAUUUCAAGUGACGUUUUUUUCUGAAUUUCUGAAUUUUAUACAAACAUCAAGAAAAUCAUGACUUAUAGAGCACAAGUUAAAGCAGUACUGUAAUAAUAAGUUAACAGCAACAUUGUUUGUUCGUAGGUGUUCUUCUCAUAAGAUGGCGUCACUAACUAAUAAUAUUAUUCAUUGUGCUGCCCAGAAUAAGCUCUCGGCAUGCUUAUGAUCGCACCAUAAACCUGCCAGAUGGCAGUAGUACCCUCCGGAUGAAAAGAGGUGAAGCGGGUGUUGUUAGAAAUACACAAGCAGAAGGCCCAUGCUGUGUCCACGGACCAGACCUCCGCUGUGAGAGAGCAAGGUACAAAUCCCUGCUGUCGCUAUGAAGGAAAUAAUGACAUCCAGUCCUGUAUGUCAAGAUUUUACUGUGUUACAAAGAUUACAUUUACACUCAAUGGGAGGGACAAAAGCUAUACUGUUCUUGUGAAUAUUAUUAACUAUUUAUAUAUAUAUAUGUGUAUGUAUAUAUGUAUGUAUAUAUAUAUACGCACACACGCACGCACGCACGCACCCACACAGAGAGAGAGAGAAACAUUGUAGACACCUUAUGGUAGAGAUCCUUCGCUGUACUUCAUGUUUACUGCCAGGAGAGGGCAGCAGGCUACAGAGCAAAUGAAUGAUAACCAUGCUCAUAUACAUCGUUUCCUGCAUUCAGAGCAGUUUAUUACCAGUGCCUUAUAUAAUUGUUCCAAUUUAAAUAUGAAGUAAUUUAACGUGAUUCAUAUGGUAGUGACAAUACAACAUAGGAUGUAUCGCUGAAAAUGUACAUCAUUUGCUGCAGCGAUGCCUGAAUAACACUGAAAGAACAACACUAAGCCUGUAUUCCGAUUAAAGUUGACACUGUUAACUCUUAAUAAUGCAACAUACUGCAGCUAUUAACCUGGCUCACUUACAACAUCGACAGCAGUGCAGUCUAAUAGAAUCCAAUGCAACAACCCUGCAUGACAACACUCCGCCUGAACACAUCACGUGUCCUUUUAUCACUCUGAUAGUGAUACUGUCAUAAAUUCUGCGAGUGUCUGCACUGCAGUAGUAAUUCAGUUGGCCCCAAAUGCACUCACUAUAGCUAAGAUGCGUCUCUUGCUGAUGGAUGGUCGACUCGAAUUCUGCUUCAUGAUUGGACGUUCAAGACGGAGCAUAGAGCGUAUCAGUGUUCAUCAGCAGCAGCUAUCAAUCGUGGGAUCUGCCAACCUGUUUUAUUUUUCCCUUAUUCCAAAAGAACAUGCUGCUCAAUGGAAAAUCGGUGCAGCGCCAUUGAAUUCCCACCUUAGGACUGCCUGUCAGGGACAUGUCCUUCAAACAGCACAGAAAUGGCCUGGAAAUCAACUUAUUUACUGUUUUGGCCAAGUUAACAGUAAUGUUACCUCAUGAGGAAGUUUUAAAUGUAAGGCUGCAUGUGUUCCUUAAUCAAUUUUAUUUGUCAGACUAACCCCUCUGGCUUUUGGGAAUUCUACUCAAGAUGUAUUUGAUAACUUUACAUCUAAAUCCCACCGCUUCCCCUCACUGAUUGAGUUAAAUUGCAGAGUUUUUUCGCAGUGUGAUACCAAAUCCCAUGAUGAGAAGUACUGCUAAAAGGACCCUUAAACCUUGAGAAAUGAUACUAAUCACCAUGCUGCUCUACUUUGGAGAUAAUGUUCAAGAUCAUUAAGAGAGUCCUGGGGUGUGUGUCCUUGAUGAGAGCGCUUCUCUCCAGUGCUAUAUAGCAAGCAGGAUUCUUCUGAAUGAGAAAUCACAAUUUGGUAGGUCACAUGUCUGCUUUCGGUAAAGCAUCUCACUUUUCAUUUUAAUCUAUUCUCCCACUUGGUCAAGAGUGCAGGCCUCUGUAGAUCUGAAGUGGAAAGAGAAAAAGGCAAUGAUGGAUUAAAGGGGAAGUUGAGGCAGCAUGCAGCCUCUCAGAUCGGAGAAAAUGGGAAGAAGAGAGAUUGCCAUGGGGACUGCUGGCUGGCUCAGAUACAUGUCUCACUGUUGUCAUUCAUUUGAUUCAUAUGUUGUGAAAAUGGUUGCAGGAGAACGAGGGAGAAGGGAUCCAACAGUGAUACCUUUCCCUGCCAUUAAUCUUAUUCAUGGCGCUAGCUAGUACCUGUGACAGCCAGGAAGAAAAUACUGCACCUUGUUUACAACUUUAUGAUCAUCAUUGCUUCGUCAUGAACGGCAGAAACGUCUCCCGCUGGUCAUCGUGCGAUGCAAUUAAUGCUCUGCCUAACAAUUCUAUAAAUGGCUCAAAUAUCACCACGCCGAAGGACACAUGAUUCGAGAAACACUUUCCAUUAUGUCACGCAACAGUGAGCCUGCCGUUCUUUGUCAGACUUGGCUAUGACCCACGCCCCUCUGUUGAUAAACCGGGGAUUAGCAGCUAACAGCCAGGGAUUAGUCUGAGAAUAGGCGACCCCAGCAAACCGUGUUGUUUUGUAAAACACCUUAAAGUAGCCUGUUGACAGACAAUAACACUCACACUCUACCCUUGUCAAUUGGAUACAGCUAAAUGAGAUGCCGGGUGGUUCAACACGUGACAGUGUGCUGGUUAUCGCUGUAACCAAGCCGGGUCCUUUUUGCCAAGCUAUACCAGGAACUCCUUCCACACAACAUCAUUUAUGCAAUCGUUGAGUGUUUUUCCACAGACUUGGUAACUCUUAGUUUCUGGGAGGAGGCCAUGUGUAAGCAUAUGGACUGCUUUAUCCCUGAACAAACAAAACAACACACAAAAAACGAAUCUUUAACUUUUAUAGUUCCAUGACAGCUACGAAAUGAACCCUGUGGUGAGAUCGUUGUCUGAGCAAAAUAUCUUUGGAUUCUGGAAAGUUGAAUUUGUCACCUUGACACUUGAUGGGGAGUUCUCUCCAUGUCCUUACAUUUUAUAGACGCAACCAUCAAUUAAAACGAAAGAUCAACAGAUACGUAAAUCAACAAUGGAAAGUAGAAGUUAGAAAACCUUCCAGCCGGUGCUCACUUCCCUGUUAAAUUGAGCACGGACCAUGGAGCUUUGAAGGUUCCUAAUCUAACUGCAGACUACAACAUUAGUUUUGGAAAAGUUGGUGUGAGGCUGUGAAUGUCAUUAAUCAUCAACCUCUUCUGCACAACUUAUCCUGCACCUGGCCACCGUCUUGUCCUUGCACGCUUUCCUUUGUCCUCUUGUCUGCUGGUGAUGCAGCCGUUUGCCGGUAACCUACUUCAGUCAAGUGUUUGUAUUCCAGCAGCGGCCCGGGCCCCUCUAUAAAUAGGUUACCCUGAUUGAUACCCGGUACAGUGAAACCUCGUAAGCGCUUUGGCUGCCGCAGGGCAGAAAUGACUUUCUUGUGUCUGUCACUCUGCUUUAACGCACCUGUCCCUGUCACGGUCUAAUUUAUCUCCCCUGCCUGUUUGUCAGGCAGCAUCCAAGCAGCAGGCAAAGGUUCAUUGCCAGGCCUGAAAGUCGAUGCAAAUUCAAUCACAUCCCCACCUGGGAUAGCGUCUGAUAAGGUGUGAUGUAUUUAAUGUUCAACAUAAAGGAUAGGCAUCUCCAGCCUAUUGUAAUGAGGUAUUUCGGGAUAUAUUAAUGCCUUGAGUAAAGGUAUUUCACAGUAAUCUGUAGCAUUUGCACAUUUCCUAAUUAAAAUAACACAAUACAUGUCAAAUGUAUUCCAAGUUCAAGAUCAUUUUUACAAAGCUUUUCUAGUUUAUGGACUCGUGUGUCUGGAAAUAAAGUUGAAUAAUCACUUGUAAUUAAUUAAUCAAUUAUAAUCCCCCACACACAGAGAUAUUAACAGUUUAUUUUUCCUGCAGCUGAUUGGCAUGAAACAAAGAACUGUAUCAUAAGCAGCAGUAGGAGGCUACAGAAAGUCAAAUCUAAGGAUAGCGAUGUCAUAAUGCAGUGUUUUCGAGCACAUGCCCAAGGUUUUUAUUUUAAUAGGCAACACUGCAGACUGGCUUAGGAUAUCUUCAUCGCAAUCUUUUCUCAAGUAUUACUUUGACUCAAAUGCAGAUUUUUGCCACGCAUGACAAGCAUGUCGCAUGCCAUGUUGGUGACAAGUGGAGAACAAGGUGUGGGCACUGUCCCAGAUGGCUGCAUCAACCUGUCACUGUCGGAAGAAAAGGAAAUGAGAUUGAAGUCCUACUGGGAGCAUCCCACUGAAACUGCCAACCAACAGUGCAUGUGUUUGCAGAAUGGUGUUGGACCGUAUCGCAGAAGUGCACAUUGGAAAUAUUUUGACAUUUACAUGCCAUUUUGUGAUGUAAAGUUGCAAGCAGAUUGUAAUUUUGGGACAGUUUGGAUAGUUUUAUAGGCAAUGCUGUUUAAUUGUCAUUUCCCUGUGUAAUGCAUCUUUAAAGGAGUGUUUAUUCUAGCACGUUGACUUUAGCUGUUCCUCACAUUUUUUUACUUCAUUGAUAAAAAAUAAAUAAAUGGCAAGAGUCCACAAACUGAGCAGGAAAGACUGAAGCAUGAUUUGGUAUAAUGUGAAAUGGAAAUGGACUAUCUGAGGCAAAAGUGCAGUUAAAAAACAUUCAGGAAAGCUUUGAGAGAGUAAAGGCCUUUACACACCAGGGUGGUGGUGGUUGUUUUUUGAGCGAUUUUUAUUCGCACAUGAAUAUAUUUUUUUUAAACUGUUUUUAUCACAAGUACUUUAACACAGAACGUGCUAGUUUUCCUGGAGCAAUGCUCAUUUUUCUUAGCUUUCGCACUGCGAAUAAAGCCAUCAACCAAUCGUGUUGUGCAGAACAAACAUAUUCAAUUCAUACAACACGGAGGCUCUGUGGUCUGAACUGAGACGGCAAACUUUAUUACUCCUUUCAACCUUGACUAAUGCAGCACAUGCCAGAUCCACUCCUUCUGUUCGUACCUUUCACAGUAAAACCCCUCGACACUGCGUAAAUAUUUGCCAGUGGGAACUCAAAUUCACUCAAGAGCAUUUCACCAAAAAGAAACUCAAUAGAAUAGCUUACAUUAACUCAGGCUAUACAACAGUUUACUUCAGAGAGACGGCCAGACGCUGCUCUGGGUCAAUAGGAUUCAAGAAGACGGUCCUUUGCCUGCGUAAAUGUAUUUGAACCUUUUAUUUAAAAAGUGCUGCAACUGACGGUUUAUUCGUCCUGCCCCCGAUGUGUAAAGGCCUUCGAGAGGUUUUUAAUGCUAUUGCCAUUUGAAUACUCAGUUUUAUGUUCCAUUACCCUGCAGUUAAGCCUGUGGGACAAGCAAGCAGGGUAAGAUACUGUGGAAGUGGAAGCAAAUCAGACCACUGCAGCCAAGAGAGACAUCUGCGAGCAGAUACAUGGUAGAGAGAGAGAGAGAGAGAGAGAGAGAGAGAGAGAGAGAGAGAGAGAGGUAAUUGGCAGGCUAAACAUUGGAAGGAACAGAUAGGGGACAGUGCAUGUACAGGAAAAGAGACGGAGACUGAUGGCUGAAGGUGGACGCUCUGUCCGAAAAGUGAUAUUUUACAGCAUAAAUCUGGCUGGCUGCAACAGAAUGAAAACCUGCUCCUCUGAGACACAAGAGGACAUUUUUUUUUUAACAGCCUGGAGUCUGCUGCAGCCGCACUGAUAAACCUGGACAUGUUUACCGUGUUCAUCUUAGAUUAGUUUGUUGGAUGCUAAUGUUAGCUGAUACAGGGCUACAGGUUUACCUGCUAGUAGCACAAGAGUUGGGAUCACCCACGCUUAGUUCUCUUGGAGGCAUGAAUGUGUACAAAAUUAAAUAGCAAACCAUACCGUAGUUAAGAUAGUUCAGUGUGCACCAAGGUGGCGGACUGACUGAUAUUUCCAAGCAAGGGCUACGGCGCUUAGCGGAAAAAGGCUUGAUGAAAAAACUUUCAUAUUCCUUAAAGGUGGGUGCUGAAAGAAAUAAUGUUCUGAUACCAGUACGGAAAUGAUAGUACAUAUUGGCAUUAUUAUUGGAACAUUUCAACCAAUACUGAGCCCUAUAUUGGAAUUGCAUCUUAGCUUCUAGUCAGACUGAAAUGAUCAGUUUCCCUAGAAACACCAGCCAGUGCCUUGUGGCUUGAAUUGCUUUUCUUGUGCUGUGAAAGAAAGCUCACUUUGUUAUCUUUGUGUCAUAGUGAAGGUCCUUUUCUUGCUGUACAACUGUAAAUUGGUGUCUUAUUGGUAGCAUCGACCCGAUCCAGAACACUCUUUUUUUCUAUGGUAUUUCUCGGUUUUUUCACUUUCACAGAGAAGAAGGUUAGAAGUUUCUCACCCAUGCAGCUACACAUUAAGGGCAGCCUCUAUAUUUGCUGCUCCACUAAUGGCACCCGUCCUAUUUGUUCUCGCUUGGGGGAAAAACCAGGAGUAUCGGUGCUCCCAGUGGACGAGGCCUGUCCUUCUUAAGUCACUGUUGUAGUUUGUGCAAGUCGGUCCGUCGGCAGACGUACGCACUGCAGAAAUUGGGUCAAGAAACCACCCAAAAUGAGGUCAUGGAAAAUGAGCUCUGGCCUGCAGAGCUUUUUAGCAUGGCACAAUAUACGCUUUGUUAUGACAGUUAACUCCGGCUUAACACUAACAGAGUCACUCGCCAGAAUAAAUUGUCUGCACAUGAGUUCUUGCUGUGUGUUUGUUUGACAUUGAGGUGAAGUAACGGCACCUAUUCUGGAGUAAUAGUUAUUGUUCAUUACACUCAGGCUGUCGUGUACAAGCCUGGAUUGGUGCAACUUGUUCAGUAUCUUUAAAUGAUUGAAUUGACUGUUAGAUCAUCAAAGAGAUUCGUUACAUUCAGUACAUUGCCCAUACAUCCAGACGCAUGCAAACGGUGCUCCACGAGUUGGGGAAAUGGCAUCUUUUCUGAAAACAGAGAAUAUUCGCUCACCACAUAAUCGCCUUGUGAUGCAUUUUCUCAUACUUCGAGGAAUGCUUACUGGUAAUCCACUUCUGCUGAUGAAUUUCUAACAUGAUGGCAGUGGGUAAUGAUCAUUUGUACUGCAUGGUGGUGGAUGUAAUUUGCCUAUUCCCAGGGCAGCAACUAAGUUGUUUUAUUUUUCUCAUCUUCAAGGCAGUCAUUCAGUAAAUAGCUUUUUACAAGAGAGAACAGUGUUAUGUCCCCUGGUGUAAAAAGGUUCAAGGGAAGACUUCAUGUGUAGCUGCAGAAUAAGGGAAUUAAAAGUUUGUUGAUCGGAUGACCAUAUUACCUUCCUGCCACAUCCCAAUUCCUCUGUGCGGCUUUUAUAGGCACACAGUUGUUUACCUGUUACUUACUGUAAGCUCUGAACUAAUCUUAUUUCAAGAAUUUCAUUUAUAUAAUAACUUUUCUAUCAUCUGAGGCUACGAUGUGAAAUGUAUUUCACAUCUUAAAAAUAAAGAAGGAACCAGAGCUGUGACCUGUGAGGCCUUUUUCAGGAACAAAUAAGUCGAUGGAGGUUGAUACUCUUAUUUGCUGAGUGUGUUUCUGCUCUGGGCUGGUUAAUGAUGGAGGCGACCAUACGCCAAAUCCUGAUUGUUCCCCGGGGACUUUGAAUGACUUUACUAGUGAUGUAAUGGGGACUGUAAUUUGAAUAUUGAGCAAGGCAAUUUCAUGCCGCACCGACUGUACAUGGCAGGCCUCCCAUUUGAUUACUGUAAUAAUGUGGAGUAUACUAGGAACAUAUUUUUCUAGAAAAUGCAACAGUUACACAGACUGUAAGAUAUACAAAUUUCUAGCCGUCUAGCUGAGCACAAAUAUUGCCAAUGAAAUCAUUAGGAUUCAUUAACAUCUUGUGUUCAAUAAUGACUGAUUUAAAGGUUUUGACCUUCUGCCCUAUUCGGGGGAUCUCUGAUUGAAUAGGUCUCAUGAGAGAACUCUGGGUAAUAAACAACUCUCUCUCUCUUUGUACAGAAUUCUACAUAAAACAUAAAUGUAUUCACAAAAAACCUACAUGUGCUUGAACAAUUGCUUAGAACCAGACAUUCACUGUCCCCAGAGGAUGAAUACUUGCAUGUCUUAAAAACUGCUGUAUGGAUUGUCAUGUAAUUCGUACAGACAUUGAUGUGCCCCAGAGGACGAAUUGUAGUAACUUUGGUGAUCCCCUGACUUUUUCCUCUAUUGCCAUCAUUCAAGUCAAAUUUUUACAUUUUUUCCAAUGGUAUAGACAUUCCUAUCAGCUUCAGCAGUGCAUUGUAUUUAGUGCUUAUUAGCUAAUAGGCAGAUGAUGGAAUACCCAAAACUAAAAUGUGAUCAAGCUCAACAUCUACAUGUUAGCAUUGUUGUUAGCUUUGAGCUAAAAACACUGCUGAGUCGACAGUCUUACAAAACCUUUGACAUGAGAGUAGACUAAAAAAGUAGUAAAACGAAUAGAUAAAACAUUUCCACGAAUCAUGUGCACUGACGGUUGUAUUUAGUGUCUUUCAUCAGCAAGUUAACAAGGACUGACCCCCUUAUUGGCUCUAUUUACCCUCACAUUCAGUGCUCCUGAGAGAUUGAGGAAAAGGCUGAUUGGCUCCUACUCAGGAAGAUUUACACAACCAACUGCCAUAUGAUGACCAUAUACAACUAGAGUUGUGCAAUUAUUCGAACAUUUAUCAAAGUAACAAUAUUUAAAAUCAUGAGAGAAUGAGCUGUUUGUGUUCCUUUUGAGGAAAAGGUGUUUGAUGCAGCUUCUUAAACAAACUGAUCAGCAUGCGUACUGCCUGGCCAGUACUUUAAGAUCGAUGCACUAGAACAUUUGAUUUUAUUCAAACCCAAGAUCCUUAUAUAACCCCACAUUAUCAACAACAGUUGAGCAUUUUCAGGCUGGAAAUGAAAAUGUAGAACUAAAGCUGUUUCCUCCUGUACCAACCAACUCAUACCAUUGUCAGUGUUGGACAAAAAUAAUACAUGUUUUUUGUCUGUCAAUGCAGUGUAACUCUCAAGCCAGAUUUAGAAGUCAGUGAGACGUACCCUCAAUCUUUCGGUACGAGUUCGGUUUUGUCAGAAUUUUCUUUCUUGUGUUUUGGCCUUAUGAUUAUUUCCAUAACAAUAUUUAUUGUUGCUGAAUUUAAAAUUCAACUCUAUUUUAAAUAGAAGCAGCAUUCCAGAGUAUACAACCAUAAUUUAAAUGUCAUCUACAUUUCCCUGGUGCCAUACUCUGCCCCCUUUUCCCCAUUCAGUCAUCUCCCAGAAGAUAUGUUGAGAUUCAUGAUGUCUGUGACUUUAGUGUGCCAUUGUAUUUGAAGAACCGGCUGGCCUGAGGAACAGUAAUUAGGGGUGGGGGGGGGGGGCCUGACACUUUCCAGAUCAUUAUUGUUUUUGCUCUCAGUGAAAGCGUACGCUGACCCCUCACUCAAUCAAACUAAGUGAUGAGGUGAGUAGGAGGAGUUCAUUACUGUCCUGGGCAAGAUGAUUUCAUUCGUCAGAUAUAUUGUGAUUUCUUUCCCAUUUCCUUUUAUCAUUCUCUCUUUCCUCUUCUUACCACUCUUCAAUGUCAGAGAUAUACUCAGGCAGAUCUUAAAUGUCGCCAGAAAUCCCCAAAACCCUUAAACUUUAAGAGAAACAGGCAAAAUCUGCAACUAAGAUUUUCUGAGUAAGUAAAGCAACAUGUUUAACAUUAGAAGAUAUUAGUAUUAGUUGUCUUUUGCACUAUUUUCUUCUACUUGUAUGUAUGUCUUUUAUGGAUCCUUUCUCUGUGCUGCUGUUAUGAGGUCCCUUUCCUUCCAAUCUAAUGCACAAUUUAUUUAAACGCUUUAUGCAGCUGUUCCUUUUAACAGCCUUUGCUUUCUUGCUGAGAGAACGAAUAAAAUGACAUGUGAACAAGAAAGGAAACGUAAUCAUUGUUGCACACUCGAUAAAUAAACCGUACCAAUAGGUAAAAACAAAUCAUAGUCGGACUUGCUCACUUAUUUGCCUGGUUGAAUUAAAUUCUAAUGAGAUUUCCAUUUGAAAGUGCACAAGUAAUAAUAUGCUUGAAUUAUAGGCAUUAUAAUUGGAUUCAUCUAACGACAAAUCAAGUAAUCUCAGUCUGACUGUAUGAAAGUGUCUACGUGGGUUUGUCCCUUGCAUAACCAUAACAUGAUGGGUGUAUUGCUGGGGACCCAAGGCAAAGCUUUUUUGAAUUUGGUGCAGUGUGGACUUGUGAUACGUUCAAUAUUGAUAAACCGUAUUAUAUAUUAUACAGUGCUCUGUUCAGCAGUGGAGGCGGGGAUUCAGGGCUCUGCAGCAUGUAUUUCCCCAUGUGUAGGACUUGAUUGUAACUUAUAACGUUACCACCAGCAAAAUACCUCCGCUAAUUAAAUCCAUGCUCUACUUUACAACAGCAGUGGUUCUGUCAAAGCAAGUGACAUAAAUACGCCUAUUUGGAAAUGAUCUCCGCUAAGUCUGGUGGGUGAAAUGGGCUUUGGCAAGUUUGUACAUUCACCAUUUUAUGUAGAUCACGUAAAGUAGAAUGAUUUCAUAAGCACUUGGUUCCUUCAAUAACUUUUAGUGCUUUAGCAUAUUUGCUAACAACCCCCCCGUUAAUCGUUAAAGAGCGCUCACCAAUACUAAACGCUGCUCUCCGUUGGGUGAACCUUCGAGCAUUAGCAUCACUGAUCAGUGAAGUUCUCUAUCAGGUCACCUGCAUGCAUUAUCAAGCUACAGGGGCCAUGCAUUAACUUCUUUGCCCUCACUUUAUAAGAUGGACAGCAUGCUCCUCUGUUUGAGAAGCCCUCCAAUUACACAGGUCAACUGCUCUGCUCACAGAUGUAGGCUGAGCUGUGGAAGAGCUGUCUUCGGUUCAGAGCGGCAAAGGCAGUACUUGAGACGCACCAGGCUUUGCCUCUGUUCAAAGACCGAGUUGCAGUCUAAGUGGUCGAAAUCAGAUGUUUUCCCUUGUGUAUCAUACAGAUAGCAUUACUUAAUGAUGUAUGACGUAAGAACAGCACAUUAUGUCUGACAUUUUCGUCUCUGAUUUCGUCCACAGGGAGUCGAAAAUCUGAUACAUGAGCAAUCUAAAAAGUCUCAUUAGAUUUCAUACAACUUUUAUGUCCCCUCAGGACGUUCAUAAUCCCACAGCGGCGCCCUAACGUACACACUGUUGGCAGUAGUGAGCAUGAAGGACAUUGUUUAAAGGAGAGAUAAUGAGGUGUUGGACCUCCAUGAGGGUUUUGAGAAAUGCUUCAUGCUAAAGUACCUAUCAUAACCGGUCCAUGUUUUGAAUAUGCAUAUCAAAAGAAAUGACUGAACAGGAUCACAGGUGAAUGUUGCUGCAAUGUCACUGCAAACGUAAGAGCCUUGGGGAAUGGUUCAGACAUCGAAUGAAUUUAACAAAAUAAGUCUUUGGGGUUUAUUUUGGUCAUGUAACCUUUUCAGAUUGGUAUUGGAUAGUAGCACUGAAAUCAUAACGUGUGUAACAAAAAGAAACGCAAUAACCGAUCAAAAUUGAGCAAUAAGGCUUUCAGUGGGGAAGCAGCUUUUGUUUCAGGCAUUAAUACAAUAAUGUCCUUUGAAAAAGAGCUGUAAGUUAAUUUACCUAUUUCAGAGCCAGCAAUUCAAAUGCAAACGGAAAUAAUUCCAGGCCCCUCUCUCAGCUAUAUGUGAAUGGACAUACAAAGCGAGUUAGCCUUAUCAGUGUCUUGUUCGAGAGCCUUCAUCUCCCCAAAUAGCCCCAGCCAGAGUUGUAGAUAGACGCAUCGAAGGAGUGAUGACAGAGAUGUACAGUAACGUGUUCUCACUUGGAGGAACGUGAGAUUGCAUUUCAGGUUUGUGCUGUUCUAAGUAUCCCAUCAGCAGAUUCACAAUGAAGGGGGUUUUAUCAGUUUUCUGUAAUGACCUUUUCAAAAUGCCCGAUUCUAAAGAAUGGUAAUGAAUGCCAAUGAAGAGUGACUGCAGUGGGGAUCCUGAUAAGCAUUUAGAGAAAGCGAAAUUUUCAAAACCUGCCAUACGUUCAGUAUGACAAUCCAUUAUGCUGUUGCAACGCGGAGUAUUCACACGCUGCAUCUACAUGGUCUGUAAAGUGCAUACAACUGUAAAUGGAUUUCAAUGUGAGGAGGCAUCCCAUAUGCUUUUCAGCAUUGCCCUCAGGGAACAGUUGUGCUAACAUUAGUACACUGAUGUCAUCAGCAAUUCAUUACGGUCCUCGGAUAUCGACCCGGCUCUCAUCUGUAGUGACACCCUGCAUUGUCACAGCUACCGCUAACGUUAUGAUUCAGAAAAGCACCGAGUUGUUUUACUCGGUACAUGAUCUCAAAAUGGUUCUUAUCAGCAGCAUUUUAGGACACAUUAUGUGUGGAAGUGUGCUUUCAUGUAUGCUUAAUAUUCUGUACAUGUACAACACCGAAUCAGAAUUCCGCAAUAAGGUGUCAUCUCUUUGGGUUUAUCACCUUGGGCUCAUAAUUGCCAUUUCUUACUAUUUCCUGACAUUUUAUAGAACAAUCAAGAAAAUAAUCAGCAGAUUUAUUUGCAAUAAAAAUGAUCUUUAGUUGCAGUUAUAUAUUUAAUUUACUUUAUAAAUCUAAAGCAGUGUGAUGAAAUAAGAAUUAAUUAAAAAUACAUGGUAAUACUUCUUCAGGCAAAGCACAAGCUGUUGUCUUUCUGCUGAGUUAGUCUUGGUCAGCAUGAAGAAAUUAUUAUCCAUCACUGCUCAUUGAUUGGUUCCUAUAUUUGAACCCAGACGGGCUGAAACGGGAAUCCUACUCUGCUUUGAUUCGUGUCCAGCCUUCACGUCUAUUCCCAGAAUGCUAACUUGAUCUGCCGAUGAAAAUGCAGCAUUAAUUGUUUCAUGGAGCACUUUAUCAUCACUAACGCCAAAGAUCCCCUCAGACGUUGUUGUUUUUUUCCCCUCCUAAUAUGCUCUUAACAAAUCGGCUAACCUUUUUCCUAAUGACAGCUGAGCAAAAUCGAUAAACCUUUUUUUUCCUAAUGACCGCAUCUGUGUGCUUUAUCUCCAUAAAGGUUGCUAUAGCAGCCGUUUAGAGUGUCCUGCAUCUCCCGAGGCAGGGCUCUGCUCUCUGCUCCCUGUUGGCUGCACAAUGCAGACCCAAUGUUUAAAGCCAGUCAGUCUAGAAAACCUUUAUUUGUACAUUUCUGACAUUGACAAACCCCAAACAAUUCUUCAGAUGACAACAACAACAACAAGACUUUGGCAGUCGUAUUACGCCUUUGAGCAAAACCGUGAACUGCACUGCACCCAUCCCGUUUGUUUAUUGAUAGAAAGUAUGAGCCAGGCAUAAAUGUGAAACCCCACAGUUCACUCAUCCUUUCCUUUUUCAUGUUGAUGAGGCAAUGCGGUCAUUUAAGGCCAGGUGCUAAACAAUUUAGUUUCAUUUAUUUCCCGCUGCAAGUGAUUGAGGUUUUAACUGCCUCUGUUGAAGUGAUAUGGAUUCAGAUCUCAUUGCGACUGAACAUUCUGACCACUUACCAAGAUGUUUAUUUAUUUAUUUGUUGUUUUAUUCUCUGACUGUCUGCCUCUCCGCUGUGAGAAUGUCCCAUUCGACUGUCAUUGUGCACGUUUGGCAAUGCUGCAUCAUAUUACCACCUUACCAUCUUUUGAGGCUCGUGAAAUUGUGUAUGCGGUAAGCAAUUCUGGGCCGAGAGCCCAGACUUAACUGUUCUAUCAGAAAUCGAAUGCAUCACCCUUAGUCUUCAGUAUAUCUACUGUUUCCAGUUAUUUUCCCCCUCACUCUUGAAAUCAUCUGCAGCAGGAAUGUUAAUGCAGGACAUUCUCUGGGGAUUUAUUCCUCCAUAGAACCGUAUAAACAGAACUGAUGCCGUUAUAGUCUCCUCGCAGCUUUCUACUUACUCAGUACAAUGUCCACUAUUGGAUUAUGGUGACUCAAGUUGAGGGGCUUUUGUUUACGUGCAUGCUUUUCUUGGUUGUGCUUGGGAGCUGGACCAGUUUUCAUGUACACAUUGGCUUUUGUGUUCAUGAUAUUGUUGCUUUUAAUAUGAAUGCAAGCUUAACUGUUUUUCCUUGCAGUCACCUAUUUGACAAAGGUGGAAGUUUGCCAUUUUAAAUAUUUAAAUUGGCACUGAAACAAAUAGUCGCUUUGAAAUUGCUGAACAUACACGGUUACUAGCUUUUCAAAUGUGAGAAUUUGCUGUUUUGCACUUGUAGGUCUAGACCAAUGUGAUUGGCACUAUUGAACAACUUGUAAAGACUGAAAGAUUAAUCAAUGCAUCAUGAAAAUACCAUCAUAUUUCUCAAUAAUGGAGAUAAUUGUAAGUUGCAGCCUUAAUUCAAUGAUUAUAAUAAUGUAGGAUGAUAUAGCAUGGGUAUAAAAUUCAAGAGGGAGAACACUUCGGCCACAUUACUAACAACUUUAUUAAUAUGCUCGGUCCAUGAGAGGUAACUGUCAAGGGCAAGGUCCACUAACUUCGCCUUUUCGCCUGAUAUGGAUAGCUCCAGUUUAGGCUGAGAAACCAAUUUGUGUUGUGACCCAAAGACAAUACUUUUAGUUUUGGAUAUAUUUACUGGUAUAUAGUUGCUGCAUAAUACACAGUGGAAUCUUCAGCAUACAUUGUUAUACCUGCAUUUUUCAACAGAGGGCAAAAUCAUUAAUAAAAACUAAAACAGGAGUUGCCUCAGAAUGUCCUUGGGGUAUACCACAUACUAAACUACUACAAUCUGUCUAUCAAGACCCUCUGUGAUCUAGAGGAAAGAUAACUCUCCUUCAAUCAAGUCGCAAAUGGACUGAACACUUUUUAAUUUAAAAUGUAACCCUUUCAAUUCAAAUAUAAUGAUCAAUAACAUCAAAUUCGGUGUGAGGUUCCUGUACUGUCCUGAUGACGUAUUUACGUUUUCCUUGCUCGGCCAAAACUCAGCCGAGCUGUCUGUUGGUACUGAAUACUGCAGAUAGUGUUCAUCUCUGUGUGCAUGCUGGUGUUCAGCGAUACGUUCAGGUACUGGAGGACGUUACACUCGGUGCCUGUCUAAUGAGCCUGCAGAUACUGUGCCUGCAGGGUUUGACAAGGCAGACUUUUGUAGCUGUGCUGUUAAUGAGUUUUCUUGUGACGUUUAUUUGACGGAAAUAACAGUUUAAUCGUCUCCAUUCAUUUUUCAUGUUUGCUUUUCCCAUGGAGCAAAUAAUAGAAGUGUUUUUUUGAUAGAACACUAAUAAAUAUUUAAUAGAAAGUAGAAUCAUAAUUCACGAGUCACAAACAACAUAUACAACUAAAUUGCAGUGGUUAAUACAUGAGAGUAAAUACAAUAUUAUAUUGCCUUACAUCCAAUCAAUACCUGCACAAGCUGUUAACGUGCCUCCUUUAGGGGUAUCCUUCAUUAGGGGCAAGAAAACCCCCAAAAUGUACACAUUUGUUUGAUAAAUAGUACAAAUCUGACAUGUCUACAGCUGACCAGUUGACAACGGGCAGUGUCCUGCUCCACUCCAACAACUUUCCCAACCUUUUGCUGGAUAUUGUCAAGCAGGGGUAAGGUGAGUAGGUGGAGCACUUAUCCGGCGCAGUGAAGCGCACUCCACUGCAGACGGGUGCGUUAUAGAUUGUGGCUCAGCUCUUGAUGUUCAAUUUAGUGGCCAGAUUCCCCGAAGCUCCCAGUUUCUGGCCCGCACUGAUGGAGAUGUAUCACUCACUCUCAUUUCAAAGAGUCUCUGGUGCUUUGUGUCACAGCAGAGCUAGCUUCUGUGUAGAUUUCUGAUUUCCAUCAUGCGGUUUGUUUAUUUAAUGUCAGACAUUUUCUCUGCUGUUUGGCAUUUAUACAUUUAGCAGAGGAUGUCUAUGGUAGUAAAUUUUGCCCCGAUGUUUGACGACAAGCUGCUCUCUGCAGUUUUACAGCCGAUCAAGCUGCUUUCACACAGGAGGGGAGGGGAGGGGGGGGAGCUCUCGGUGGUAAUGGUGGCUCUCACCCCCGGCACCUGCAGUUACUGUUUUCUAGAUGGAUCGAUAUAUCUGUCAACUUCUCCCUGAGUGGAGCCUAUUUCAUGUCCCUCCUGUCGUUGCUGCAGGGUGCAACAUGAAAAAGCUCAUGUUCCAUCAAAGUCUGGAAAGACUGAAAAGUUUCUUUGGGACUUUAUCUUCUAGAAUGAGCUUCAGAGGGAUAAGCUUCAAAGAGGUUUUAAAGACAAAUUGACAUUUUUAACAUUAUACUGUGAAAUACUUUUUUACAUUUUUAAUUCCGUUCAUGAACAUAGGUGAAAUCAGUCCACAGUUAACCAAGUAAAGUUGUCUGGUAGGUUUAAGGAGUGUCUCGACAAAUUAUUCUGCUUCAGGUUUAAAACUUUGAUGCUUUAGUUGCUACAAUUCAGAUUGCAUUUCAUGGAUUGAUUCUUUAUCAACACAUGAUGAUUCAUUCUUAAAUUCUGAGUUUGUGCCUUCACACAAACCUGAAAGUAUAAAACCCUCUUUGAUCAGCAGAUAUAACUUGCACAUGUGAUUUGUCUUUAAACUUAGCCACACAUCCCUCAAAGAUUUCAGCAUCUGUGUUUGUGUUGACCCCAGCCUCCUUAUCGCUUUUUUUGUUUUGCCUCAACCAUACUCAUUAAGGUAAACAUGACUCGUGUUAACAGAUUUUCCUGACUGUAUAUGGACUUGGAAUGUGGCGAUAUGUUCCACACAUCACACUUCGCACUCAACAGGGGGGAUGGGGAGCACUUGAGAGUGUAGGCUUGAAGGAAAAAAAGUGUGAUUUUUAGUUAAAUGCUGUGUUUCCUAGAAACAAAUUGUAAGGUUGGUGAGUGUUAGUUUGCCAAUCACACCAUCUGUUCCCUUCAGAACUUGCGAGUUGGCAAACCUCAUUGGACUCGGUUUGUUCUGGACAGUUGUGUCUCCUGAAAAUACUCCAGUGUAGCUGCUCCCAGGUGGCUGCAUGAAUAUAACUUGUCAAUGUGUUUGUUUAUCGGAAACAUGGAUGGAAAUGGAAAGCGGGGACUGGAUGACAGGUAAUGGCAUUGCACACAAGUGUUGUCAGGGGUUUGGUGGGUGGAAUAUGGACCGAAUGCAAUUCUUCAAGUGUGUAUGCACAGAAACAGACACAACGCACACUUGGGGAUAUCGCACGUGUCCUUAUUGUUUGUUGAACUGUAAAGCUGUCUGUAGGAACAACUGUUGCAGCCAUGCCCUAAUGGUGUGAACACAGCAUUAGAAGACUGAGCUAAAGGUUAACGUGUCAGCUCGUCAGGUGGGAGGGGCUUAGGACAGAGAGGGGGGGAGCUGCAAUGCAAGGGCAAAUUUUUUAAUAUUUGCUUUUUCCAGAACACUGCCUACCCUGGGGUACCACUCGAAUUACCUUAUGCUAGCUAUCUUGCUAUGAUAAAACGUUAUUUCAGCCAGAAUAAUUGUCGGCAGCUAGAACUGAGAAACCUGCUUUUGUCAAUGGUCAAUUAAGAAAAAGCAACUUUGCUAACGACUGCAAAACAAUUUUAAAAGUCAUUGUCUAUGUCAUGUCCCCUGCCAAAGUCUCUGAAAGAAAGUCAUGUCGCAAAGGCACUGCUACGCCCCACAGGUACCUCAUAAAUUAUUCACUUAAUUGAGACACUGUUCUAGUUCUCUGUGCUGAGCGACCCAGGAAGAAUUUUCAUACUUCAAGUCCUUGAAGUCUUUACUUCCCAAGCACACUUUUAUAUUCCUGCCUGUGGAACCAUCCCCUCACUGCUCAUUUCUGUCCAGAGAGUGUAUGCGUGUGCGUGUGUGUGUUUGCGUUGACAAGAACUCCAAGGUCGGAGUCUGCAAAGGCUCUACAUGGAGCAGGAUUCACCAAAAUAGACCUGCUUUCUGCCUGGUAACCUGUGGAAUAUCAACCCUGUUUCAGUGUAAAUUUAAACCCAAUCUUAUUUCAUACCUGUGCCCGUCAGCCUGAUGGACGUGUAAUCAUGAGAAAAAGCGAACAAGUCAGUGUUUUCUUCGGCAAAUUUACUGCAGAAAUACGAGUGGAGCCAGUUAAAGGUUUGAGUUAAUGACAGGCGUUUCAAAUGGGAGAGCUUGGCAUUGAUGGAUGAGUGCAAUUGAGAUACAGUGUGGGCUAAUUAGUGGAGAAGAUGAUGCACUUGGUUGGUCCUAAUGUCCUCGCAGACGCUGGGUGUAGCCUGUCAGUCAUUAUUAGUACUGACCUUGACAUUUGUUCGCAGGAAAUCUCACAAACAUUGGCUCCACAGCUUCUUUCUCGACCCUUCCUUUGUCUGUGGACUUUUUAUUUUUAUUUUGACAGUGUAUUUAUCACUCCCUCAACCACGUCCCUCUCAAGAGCCCAUGUUUUACCAUUAACGUCAUCUAUUACUGUCACUCAUUGUUUAAUCCUUCACUUACACGCGAUGCGGCGGCCCCGUAAUGUACGGUCAUUGCGGAUUCAUUGAUGGACACUUUCCCCUUAAUUCUCCUUUAUAUAUCUCCUCCUCCUUGUGUGCUUUCUAUCUCUCCUCUUCUUCUCCUCCUCCUCCUCCUCCUCUCGGGCCAAUCAGACCACACCUCCAUGGCAACCGUCAGUGAGUGUAAAACAUCCACAGAUGGUGCUGACUAGAGCGAGCAGCAGGCACACUACGAGAUCAAGUGUGGGAGUGUGUGUUUGUUUGUGUGUCUGAGAGAGACCGAUACAGAGACUCAUUGGAUAACCACUGUAUUGUGAAGCCAACAGGGUAUUCUCUUGUAACACAGAAGAAGAGUAGGAGCGUGUUUGCUCAGAGGAGUUGCAGGAAAAGUCUGAAGAGGAGUGAGUUGUGGGAGGAAGAAAAAAAGAGACUGAGAGAAGCCCCCCAACCUUCCCAAGAAAGCAGGAGGUAAACCACCGGUAAGCAAAUAUUCAUGACCUGACAAAAGAAAAGCGUACAACAUCAGGCAGCCUUACCCUGGAGCCGCUCAAGCCCAGACACACACACACACACACACACACACACGCACACACGUGAGCCCCCAGUCACUGCUCUCCACUCACUCAUGAUCAUUGCUCCCGCCACACGCAGACACAAGGGCCACGCUGACACCACCAGAGGAAAGGAGGAGAGAAGAGGACACUUGUCCUGUCACGGGACCUUGUCAAAGUAAAAGUCUUCCUUGGAAUUCUUUUUUUUUUUUUUUUGUUAACCCUGAAGCGAGGGCUCUCCAUUUGUGCUGACCUUUCCAAGCACCCUCCCUCCAAGGAGCAAAGAUGAGCUGCAGGAAAAGGUGCAAGCGGGAGAUCUUCAAGUUCGCACAGUACCUGUACAGACUUGUCACCGGCACACUUAACACCGACAGCGUUGAAGAUGAGCUUGAACUGUCUACAGUUCGCCAUCGCCCCGAGGGACUGGAGCAGCUUGAAGCUCAGACACGUUUCUCCCGCAAGGAACUUCAGAUCCUUUACCGUGGCUUCAAAAACGAAUGCCCCAGCGGAAUAGUCAACGAAGAAACCUUUAAAGAGAUCUACGCACAGUUUUUCCCGCAAGGAGAUGCUUCAACGUACGCGCAUUUCUUGUUCAAUGCAUUUGACACGGAUCACAAUGGCUCUGUGAGUUUUGAGGAUUUUGUCAUGGGCCUUUCCAUCCUCCUGCGUGGCACCAUCCAGGAAAAACUCAACUGGGCUUUCAACCUGUAUGACAUCAAUAAAGAUGGAUACAUCACUAAAGAGGAAAUGCUGGACAUCAUGAAGGCCAUCUACGACAUGAUGGGAAAAUGCACAUACCCUGUCCUCAAAGAAGAGGCGCCGCGUCAGCAUGUAGAAGUAUUCUUUCAGAAGAUGGACAAGAAUAAAGACGGAGUGGUGACCAUCGACGAGUUUAUCGACUGCUGCCAAAAUGAUGAAAACAUCAUGCGAUCGAUGCACCUCUUUGAAAACGUUCUUUAACUUUUGGCUGAGUGUGGAGGCUUUGGAAGAGAAUGUCAUCUUAAGCUCGGCCCAACUUGGACUCCUAACUGUGUACAGUGUUGCUAUGCAGACUUUUGAUCAUGUAUAUAAUAUUGUUCAUUACUGUGGGCCACAAGUAGGAGUCGGCAAUACGGUGCGAACCCUCUGGAAUGAGUUGCCUUUUGAACAUUUUAGUAAAUAAAUCGUUGAACUGUAUUAUAUGACAAUGAAUAGAAAGGAGAGGGGGGGGGGGGAAAGGGUGUUUUUGGUUUAAUUUUCAAAAUGAAAACAUCUUAACGUCAAUGUUGAUUUCUACCAUUUGUCUCUGGAGUGUCUUUCUCUUUGCUGAACAGCGAGUGCUGCAAAGUGCAUUAGCCUCCAACGUUAUGAACACUCGGGGGAGAUUUGUGAUGAAGCGCUUUAAACAGGACGCCUCUCACUCUGUUGCAGCCUUGACUUGUUUUAUUUACUGCCAAGUAAAAUCACUGUGACUUUAUACAGCAUAAAGAAUAAGAGCAAAAUAUAUACGGUAACUUCACACCCCUCUCUGAUUUCACAUUCCGGACUGUGCUCUCGAUUCCAGAGUGUUCUUACCCCAACUUACUUAACUGUUGUGGUCUGUCUUUUUGCUCUUUCAACGAAGCAUUUAGAGAAAAAGACAACAUACAUUUGACCAUUUUCAAUUGUAUAUACCAUUGAUAAAGCAUUAGAACUCUAUGAGAAACUCUACAACUUUGUUCAUGUUUACUUGCCAACUAGAAUGAGACAACACAAGGAUUGUAUUGAUGUCAAAAUUGGACCAUAAAAUCGAUGGUUGAUCUACAGAAGCACACAGGUAGCGAUAUUUACCACGAGUAUAACAUUAGACGACGAUCUUUUUGUCAUAAGAUAAAUGCUGCUUUCAGUGCAUUUCAUUUGACCCUAUGUAUGUAUAUUCUCUGUAAAGCAAACCAUCUAUGAAUAUGUUUUUAUUUUUGUUUUUGGAACACUGUUCAGGAGGUUACGCUAAGAGCAGUGUUUGAGGUUAUUUAUAUGGUAUUAUGGUCAUUGUACAAAAGAUUGUUGCUUGUACAGUAUUAAAUGAAAGUUUGCUCUCUGGUGAAUUUCAGGUCUUUAGAUUUGUUCAUAUAAUUCACUGUUUUUAAAAAGAAAGGGCAGUGGGGUUUGAUUGGUGAUACAAACUCUGUAACUUUGUAUUAUACUCAUAUUUUUGGGGUUGUCGGCUAAUACUCUUCCUGCUGUUUUCCUCCUCGUCCUCGUCCUGUGGGCCAAAGGCCCGCCCACACCGAUUCAGCCUGAUUGGCUCCUGCUGUAUGUGAUUAAAGCUUUGCUUGCUUGGCCUCAAAUGUGAUCAAACACCAGGCAUGCUGGGUACAAGUCUCACUUACGGGACUUCGUGUUGCUUGUUGGAAUCUACUGGAUCACUGAAGUGUCUGAACAUUAUGUAAGUAAGUUACUGACUUUUUCUCUUCUUCUUUUUCACAAAGACUUGGAUGUCGGGUACAGGAAGUAUCCAUCAAACCAGCCGGAAAUCUGAUAUACACUUUGGAAUAGUUUGGAUUUGUGGUGAAUACUUUGCAGCAUUUAACAGAUUAUCAAGUGUUCACACAGUAUCACAAACAUAAACAAAUCUCCUUAGCGAGGCAUGCUGGUCAUUAGUUUAGUAAUGAGAAUGAUAAAUACAAAUUUUUUUUUUUUUUUUUACUCAUGAUCUGUAUUUUUCCUUGAUUUGUGUUUGUGUGCCUUACUGUUUGUACAAAUGUUCCUUUUCUGUUUGACAAAUCUUUAUUUUGUCUCAGCAAUAUGAUUAUGAAACGCUACUGAUACAAUGGAUACUUACCCACUUCUUAGCAUAUCUACAAUGUAUCCCGGUGGAUGUAGACGUGUUUAUUUCUACAUUUCUUCUGUACAUAAUAUCCAAAGUCCGCUAUCUCUGACGAAAGUGAAAAAAAUAAACUAUACACCUGAAACUUUCAAAUGUGUUAAAUUACUUUAGUAUUGUAGAGCCUUUAUUAACAUGUAUUGUUUACAUGCGUGUGUAAAAGUGGAAUUUAGCAAGAAACAAAUCUUUCUAUUCCGUGCUCGUUAGACGUCUGAGAGGAGUUCUAUCUUUGAGAGACUGACAUCGAUAUCUAUACUGUAAUAUCUCAUUGUGCAUGUUUUAUAAACCAGCAUCUGUUCACGAUUAUGGUAAGAAGUACUUUUAUUGUCCAACAUAAACAGAUCACAUUGGGGAUCAAAAAGCAUAAUAUUCAUGUGACGCCCCCUCAUGGUGGCAAGUGGAUAACACACACUGGUACAAAAAUACCUUUUGCCCCCUGGACUGGAUUAAGGUUAAUGAAAUAAGAAACAAAAUGAAUAUUAUUGGCUGUGUGUGUGUGUAUUGAUUCUCGUGUCCUUGUACUUGUGUCUGGAGUCAUUUUUGUGUAAUUUUAUGCUGCACAGUAGAUUUCUCACUUAUAGGAACGUGACCACCAAUCAGCAGACUGAAUGUGUACAUUUUGAUUAGUGCUACCUUCAAUACAGACUGUAAUUCUAGCUUGCGUUGAAUUAUGUCAAUUCAAUUUCACAUUGAAUAUAUUUUUUUUGAAAUCAACAUA